GGUCUUCUAGCGACCGAUUCCUCUCCAGCUGGGGUCUGGGAAAUGGCAACCACUGCUGACACAGCCUUGAAGACAGCCACUUGCCCGCUCAGCACCGUUACUUAGAAGAUAGCAUUCAAGAGGAGCCGCCCCCCGCAGAGCCGGCCCAGGGGCGAGCCAGGGCCCCCCCAUCCCCGGGAUGACCUCGGCCGGCAGGACCAACCCCUACAGUAUCGUGUCAUCGGAGGAGGACGGGCUGCACCUGGUCACCAUGUCGGGCGCCAACGGCUUCGGCAACGGCAAGGUGCACACGCGGCGCCGGGGCCGAAACCGCUUCGUCAAGAAGAACGGCCAGUGCAACAUCGAGUUCGCCAACAUGGACGAGAAGUCGCAGCGCUACCUGGCUGACAUGUUCACCACCUGCGUGGACAUCCGCUGGCGCUACAUGCUGCUCAUCUUCUCGCUGGCCUUCCUCGCCUCCUGGCUCCUGUUCGGCGUCAUCUUCUGGGUCAUCGCCGUGGCCCACGGCGACCUGGAGCCGGCCGAGGGCCGCGGCCGCACGCCCUGCGUGAUGCAGGUGCACGGCUUCAUGGCAGCCUUCCUCUUCUCCAUCGAGACGCAGACCACCAUCGGCUACGGGCUGCGCUGCGUGACGGAGGAGUGCCCGGUGGCCGUCUUCAUGGUGGUGGCGCAGUCCAUCGUGGGCUGCAUCAUCGACUCCUUCAUGAUCGGCGCCAUCAUGGCCAAGAUGGCUCGGCCCAAGAAGCGGGCGCAGACCCUGCUGUUCAGUCACAACGCCGUGGUGGCCCUGCGCGACGGCAAGCUCUGCCUCAUGUGGCGCGUGGGCAACCUGCGCAAGAGCCACAUCGUGGAGGCCCACGUGCGGGCCCAGCUCAUCAAGCCGCGGGUCACCGAGGAGGGCGAGUACAUCCCACUGGACCAGAUCGACAUCGACGUCGGCUUCGACAAGGGCCUUGACCGCAUCUUCCUCGUGUCCCCCAUCACCAUCCUGCAUGAGAUCGACGAGGCCAGCCCGCUGUUUGGCAUCAGCCGGCAGGACCUGGAGACGGAUGACUUCGAGAUCGUGGUCAUCCUAGAGGGCAUGGUGGAGGCCACGGCCAUGACCACGCAGGCCCGCAGCUCCUACCUGGCCAACGAGAUCCUGUGGGGCCACCGCUUCGAGCCUGUCCUCUUCGAGGAGAAGAACCAGUACAAGAUCGACUACUCCCACUUCCAUAAGACCUACGAGGUGCCCUCCACACCCCGCUGCAGUGCCAAGGACCUGGUGGAGAACAAAUUCCUGCUGCCCAGUGCCAACUCCUUCUGUUACGAGAACGAGCUGGCCUUCCUGAGCCGCGAUGAGGAGGACGAGGCCGAUGGAGACCAGGACGGCCGCAGCCCCCAGGCCCGGCAUGACUUUGACAGACCCCAGGCCGCUGGCGGCGGCCUCGAGCAGCGGCCUUACAGACGGGAGUCGGAGAUCUGAGCCUCCAUGGGCCAAGGUGCAGCAUCCGCCCCGCCAGGGAGAGGCCCGGCGUCCCGCGAGGGCCCUGGCUUGGAGCAGAACGGGCCAGGUGCCCCGGUUGCAGACUCAGUAGCGUUUUAGAUGUUUUAUGUUUCUUCACAGUGGCCUGGUAAGGUUGGCGGGAGAGUGGGCGGCCAAAGUGGGCCGCCCCUGGCCUCAGAGGCCGGAGCAGGUGCAGGGGCAGGGAGGGGGCCUCUUGGGGUCCGGGCCAGGAGCCAGGGGCUUCUGCCUGAGGAUAGAACUGCAGCCUGCCCGGAGGUGGCUCCACAGCCAUCCAGCCUCUGUGGGUGAAGGCUGGCCGGCUGCAGCGCAUCUCGCUGGUUUUUAACUUGGGGAGAAACACCGGUUUUGGCUUUCUCAACCUUAGCUUGAGUAAGACUGUUUACAAAAAAAAAAAAAUUAACACAUGAUUGACAAAAAAAAAAUUAAUUUGUGGGGGUUAUAAAACGGACAGUUAGAAUUCCACUGGUCUGCCAAGGUGCAGGCUGUUCGACGGGGGCUCCACGAGGUUCCCCGAGGCUGGACAGGCCUCUCCUCUGUGAAGGCCGGGUGUGUGCUGGGUGACGCAGCUGUGCGUGCAAGCUCGGGGCUCAUCCAUGGUUCCUUCUGCUCACGGGCAGAUUAGAUGGUGUUUGUGAUAGAGAAACCAAGACCAUGUUAAUGAUCAUAAUAAAAGCUUUCCAGAGUCAUAGAGGUGGGGGUAGGGGCUGGGAAAAAACUAGUUUGAACUUUUUGAGUUUGACUUUUUGUACCUUAGAGGUGCGUCUCAGGGCUGGAUAUGGGACCUGCCUGCCGUGGAGGGCCCGCUCACCACCCCCCCAAAUGCACACCAGAUUUUCCUGUUUUCCUUCUCUCUCCUUUUCUGCCCAAUAGCCCCUUCUACAGUGAGGGACGCUUGGAAAAUGUUGGAGUAGAUGGCUCUGUGGGAAGGGAGGGCGGGUUCCCAGACAACCAGGGAAGCAGAUUGGCCCCAUUCCCACUGGACCCCAGUGUGAGUCGUGCCUUAGAGACCCCGGGUGGGCCAGCCCCAGUUGUUUCUGUUUUUAUCGGACUCGCCCGGCCUCCCAGCUGCCCCCGAUUCCACCAUAAAGUCCUCACCAGCCUGCGUGUCUCAGAGGCCGGGCGGUCCCGGUGCUGUCGGCCCCCGGGGCAGCACAGGCGAGUGCAGGUGGCUCCCAGCCGGGCUGCCCCAGCUGAAUGGCAGAGGGAGGACCUUAGACGAGGUGUGCACUUGUCAGCCGAGAUGACCGCGAGUGGCACUUGCAUCCAGGCACCCUCAUCAGGAAGAAGUUUGGAGCUGUCGGCUCUGCUGGCCCGGAAGCAGGCCCCUGGACCACGAGCUGCCCCGUGUGGGCUUGUUCUUGGCACAGGAUGCAGCUGGCGGGCAUGGAGCUGGCCAGGCCCUUCCCAGGACAGCUAAGAAUUUUGUCCUCUCAAAUGACCCGGCCUGUAAGGAAGUCCUUAAUUAGAAAGCCCACACGUGUCUCCCCAGCCUGCCGGCCUAGGCCACUCCGACCCGUGCCCUCCAAGACAGCUAGGCACCCAGGACUCUGGCCCAAGUGGGGAAACUGAGGCAGAGUGCAAGGUCACGCAGGGGGUGGGUGGGUCUUGGGAGGCAGGGAGAGGCCAGGGGCCUGGGGUGGGGGCUCUUGCCUCUCCCCUCCUCCUCCACCAACCCCCAGGGCAGCUGGAGACCUGGCCAGAGGUCAGAGGCCUUGGAGGGUCUGGGCAUGAGCUCUCAUACCCACAAACACCAUGGUCCCAUACCCCGAGGGAUGUGUGACUGCCAGCAUCCUGCCCCGGCCUCAGUUCUGGCUGGGAUGGUUCGGACAGUGGAAGCAGCUCUUUCGUCUCAGGAUCUGCUGGAGGGGCCUCAGCUCCUUCCCAGCCCAGGGCCUGCCUUCCAGUCCUCAGCCUGGUUGGCUCUCUCCGUUUUAGCUCUGAGGGAGCAAGGGUAGCGUUGAUGCGGGAGGGCUGUCCUGCCCACCCCCACCCAGAUUGUCAGGCUGAGCCAGGGAGGGAUGAGGCGGCCCCAGCGACUUGGGGCUGGCAUAGGGGCCUGCGUUCCGCUCUGCCCGGCAGCCGGAGAUCCUUCCAGAGCUGGGUGGGCCAGGGUUCCACUGCCACCAUCCAGAGCAGAGCCCAGGGACUCUGGGUCCCCCAAGGCCCAUGCUGCCUCGGUGGCUUGGUGCACCUCCUCUCAGGCCUGUGUGCCCCCCAGGCCCGCGCUGGAUGGUUCAGCCCCAGACCCUGCGGGAGAGCACCCUGAGCUGCCUUUCAUCUCUCGCCAAAGGCAGAUGCUGCGUUUUCAAACUCUUCUGCCCUCUUUUUUUCCUUCCCUGUAUUUAUUUAUUUAUUUAUUGCUUGUGCUAAAGACCAAAAUAGUCUCCCUCUUUAGUGCACUUGAAACGGGAGGGUGGAUGGGAGGAGCCGUGUGUGUGCAGACCAAGGAGUCUGUUGUCCCUGGGGAGUGUGUGCCGGAUUGGGGGGGGGUUGCCCAUGUAUGUGCGUGCGUGCGCACGUGUAUGUGCGUGUGCGGGUGUGUGUACCCAUUUACUCCCACCCUCGCCUUCCCAGGCACUGGGAUUUCCAAGAAGUUUCUUGACAGCCUGAACCAGGAGGUGUGGAGGUUGGAGUGGGCCAAGACCGUGGCCUCUGGGGCCGCCCUUCUCCCUGAGACACCGAGCUGCUUAUGUGGGAAAGGGGCCGUGCUGGGGGGUGUGUGUGUGUGGGUGUGUGAGCACCGAGUGUGUGGAUUCACAGGUGCAAUCAUCGUCAUCCCUGUUCAAGCAAAUGUGUGCAAUUACGGCUUUGCCUGAGUGCACGAGCGUGUGGGUUCCCAGUUCGUGGGACUGUCGUACAGAUGUGUGCCCGCGAUGAGCUCCCUAUGUGUGUGUGUCUGGGCUGAUGAGAUAUAUACGUGGUAUGUACGUGUGUAUAUACACACACGUACUUCUAUGUAUUUUUGCCCAAAGGUGCGUGUGUGUGAGUGUGUGUUUUAUACGCGGGCAUUGGUGUAAUGUUUGCCAGGCUCUCCGGCUGGGCACGCAGCGCUCAGGACGGACACCGGCUGCGGCCAUCGGCACAGCUGAACGCAGCAGUCCUGCUGGCCCUCUGCCCUGGUUAUGUCCACACGGGAAUGCGUGCACCGUGUGUGCCGGCGUGAGGCUUUCGUGCCCGCGGGCACAAGGUGUGUGUGGGUGAGCGCUUGCAUGUGGAUGGCGUCUGCAUGGGUGCGUGUGUCCCCGUGAACACGCAAGUGCACGUGGUACAUUUGUGUGGCAGUGGUGCCGGGCUCUGCGAGCAGGGCUGGUUCCUGUCUGCUGCGGGCAGUGUGUAUGGGCACGUGUGAGCGUGUGCAGGUCCCAGGGGUGUGUGCACACGAAUGUCCGUGGAAGCGGUGUGUCCACGUGCGCGCCCGCGCAUGCUGCUUGGGACAUGGUGGCCACCCCCCCGUGCCCUGCUGGUGCUGUGUUCCCACCCCCCCCCGGUCCCUGCCUGCCCGAGGGUCCCGGCGGGGGCCGGGGGGGCGGGAGCGGGGGCCUGAUGGGAAGGAGGCCCCUGCACAGGGGUGUCUGCCCUGCGUGAGGUCAUAGAAUGUCCAAUCUAUUUUAAAUGGUGAAACUGGAGAAUUUUCAUGUUAUUUUCAAUACAUAGCGGUAUCUAAAGACAUAGGCCACGAGACUAGACCACAUUAAAUGCAUUUUGAUCUCUUGGA